AUUAAUCAUGAAAACUUUGUGAUUGGAAUUGAUCAAUAUCGUUUUUUUCCUGUUGUUUUUGAAAUAAAAUUCUGUUUUAUAAAUCUUCUUCUUUAUCGUUUAUAAUGCCUAGAUCAUUUUUGAUCACUAAUAAACGUUAUGGUCGUUGUUCAUUUAAUUAUGAAAAAUUAAAAUUCAAUUCAAAAUUAUCUAUAAAUGAAAAUAAAAAUGCUGAUCAUAAGAUUAAUUUGGAAUCGAAAAAUUCUGUUAAUAAUGAAAAAGAUUCGAAUAAAAACUGUAAACAACCGGGAUCAUUGAAAUCCCCGCAACCAUCAACAAUUGAAUUAACCAAAUCUAAUUUAAAAGUGAUAUUGAAUUUUUCGGAAACAACAACAAAUACUAAUAAUACUGUUAUAACAAACAAGGUUAAUAUAGUCGACAAUGAUAAUAAUAAAGAUGAUGAUAAUGAUAAUGAUAAUAAUGGUAAUGAAAUUCAUUCCUGUUUGGAUUGUGGUAAAAGUUAUAGUACAUCAUCAAAUUUAACACGUCAUAGACAAACACAUCGUAGUGUUAAUGAUAAAAAAGCACGUAUUUGUCCAUAUUGUGAUAAAAUUUAUGUAUCAAUGCCGGCUUAUUCAAUGCAUGUUCGUACACAUACACAAGGUUGUCGUUGUCAUUUUUGUGGUAAAUGUUUUAGUAGACCAUGGUUAUUACAAGGACAUAUCCGUACACAUACCGGUGAAAAACCAUUCAAAUGUCAUAUCUGUAAUAAAGCAUUUGCCGAUAAAAGUAAUCUACGUGCACAUGUUCAAACACAUUCGAUGACCAAACCAUUUGUUUGUAAACGUUGUGGAAAAACAUUUGCAUUAAAAAGUUAUCUUUAUAAACAUGAAGAAUCAUCAUGUUUACGUCAUCAACAAGAACAUAAACGAACAAACAAUCUUCAUUAUCAUCAUCAACACAAUCAUCAUAAUCAAAAAAUGCUUCCGAAUCAG